AUGAGUGGAAUCACCGAUUACCUGUUAAGCCCGCUGGUGUACGGGUCAGCCCUUUCUGCGAUUGGAAUAUAUUUUCUCAGGCAAUACAUGCAAGGAGCCCAAUUCACCAAGAAAACUGAUGAAGCUGGCCGAGUAGUGAUUGACUGCAAUCAGGGAAUUGGUAAGGAAACCGUACUGGAACUGGCUCGCAGGGGAGCCACUAUUUAUAUGGCUUGUCGUAAUAUGAAAAAAUGCGAUCAGGCACGUAGAGAGAUUAUCAAUGAGACCAACAACCAAAAUGUGUUCUCACGUGAACUGGAUCUGAGUUCUAUGCAAUCUAUAAGAAGCUUUGUAGCUAGCUUUAAGCGGGAGCAGAAUAAUCUUCACAUUCUUAUCAACAACGCCGGCAUGAUGGACUGCCCCAAAAUGCUAACACAGGACGGGUUUGAAAUGCAAAUAGGUGUGAAUCACAUGGGUCACUUCCUGCUCACUCUGCUACUUCUCGAUGUCUUGAAGAGUUCCGCACCCAGCAGAAUUGUGGUCCUGUCCAGCAUGGCCCACCGAUUUGGAAGAAUCAACAGAGAGGAUCUGAACAGCGAAAGGUCCUAUGAUCAAAAGUUGGCUUACUGCCAGAGCAAGUUAGCCAAUAUCCUUUUCACCAGGGAGCUGUCCAAGCGCAUUAAAGGAACUGGAAUCACGGUGAAUGCAUUACAUCCUGGACUAGUAAACACAGAGCUCUUUCGAAACACUUCAUUCCUCGGAUCGAAGAUCGGGAAAUUACUUAUAGCUCCGCUAAUUUGGAUUUUUAUUAAGACUUCAAAAAGCGGAGCUCAGACGUCCCUGUUUGUAGCUCUAGAUCCUGAUUUGAAAAAUGUAUCAGGACAAUAUUUCAGUGAUUGCAAGACAAAAAAUGUUGGUUCUGCUGGACAAUAUGACGAUGAUGCCGAAUUUCUUUGGGCAGAGAGUGAAAGCUGGACUGGUGUUAAUACUCGUCACUUCUAA